AUGGGCGACACGGAACGACGGGCCGCGAAGCGAUCGCGUUUUGACCAGACGGAGCCUGAGCCUCGUCGUUCGAGGUUUGACCGAAGGUCUCGUUCCCCGGCCGCUCGUAAAUCAGACGGUGCGCGCGAUCGCAGUCCUCUCAACAGAGGCACUGACAGCGCAACGCCAGAGACCAAGAAGAGUCCUGUAGAUGCUGCUGCAGCUGCCGCUGCGGCGGCCGCGAAGAUCAACGCACAACUGCAGGCAAGGAAGGGUAUUCAGCAUGUCGACGUUCCUCCCAUCAAAUCUUCUGACUCGACCGGUGCGGACGAUGCAAAUGCUGGGAAAUCGGGGAGUCUCAACCGUGAAGUCUAUGUUUCCGAUGGAGACUACAUCAAGGAUAUCGAAGUCAACGAUUUGAGGAACCGAUACCUACUGACAAAAGGAUCUACGCAAAAGAUGGUAAAUAAUGCCCUUGAUGUCACAACUCGCGGCAAUUAUUAUCCCGACAAAAGCAUGGCCACUUCAGCUGCGCCGCCUCUAUACCUUCACGUUACAAGCACGUCGAAAGCUGGCCUGGAUGCAGCAGUUAAGAAGAUUGAAGAAAUGAUGAAGCAAGAAUUGCCAAAUCUCGUUGAUGAACGGCGUUUCCGUCGUCGUGAUCAAGAACAGGUCGAACGGGACGAAUUUGGACGUCGUAAAUGGCCCGAAGCCAAGAUACCUAUCAGCCUCGAACCUGUUCAAGGCUUUAACCUACGUGCGCAGAUUGUUGGUCAUGGAGGUACGUACGUGAAGCAUAUCCAGCAAGAGACAGGUUGCCGUGUCCAGAUUAAAGGGCGUGGAUCAGGCUAUCUUGAGGCAUCAACAAAUCGCGAGAGCGACGACGACAUGUAUCUUCAUGUAGCGGGCCCCGAUCCUAAGAUGGUAGAUAAGGCCAAGGAGCUAUGCGAAGAUCUUGUCAGCAACGUCAAGGAUCAGUAUGAAGAAUUCAAGACACGUCCUCCGAGACAACAUUAUGGUGGCCACGGUGGUGGAGGUGGCGGUGGCUACGGUGAUCGCCAUGGUGACCGAUAUGGCGGUGAUAGAUAUGACAAAUCCGGAAAUCGUUCUGGUUCAUAUGGUGGGCACGGGGGUUACAGCAACUCGUCUGCUCCUGCUGGGAACGUGGCUUCGCCCACGUCUGGCGGUGCGAGCAAUUCCCCUGGGGCAAAUAACGACUAUGCUGCCCAGUAUGCUGCUCAAUACUAUGGUGGUGGCCAGGACCCCUAUGCCGCAUAUGGUGGUUAUGCAAAGUAUCGAUUUAGCUACAUGCAAUGGUAUUCGCAAUACUACGCAGCUGCUCAGGCAGCUCAGCAAGGAUCACCCGCACCUCCUGGAGCAGCAGCUUCACCUCCGCCUCCACCUCCCACAGAGGCUCCUCCACCACCUCCGCCAGGAGGAGCAGCUCCGCCGCCACCACCUCCUCCACCAGGCCCUCCUUCUUACGGUGCUCCUUGCGCCAUGAGUCACCAGCGAUACCCUUCCGUUGAUCCCAAAGAGCCACAUUCCGUCUCGCUUAAGGUCUUACGGUUGUCACGGCCAUCGCUUGUCGUACAGCAAACUCUCUCUACGCCGCUGUCUAGCCCGUCCGGCGAUGCCCCUCCCAUCUCGGCCUCUCUCGCCUAUGCCGCGAACAGCAGCACGAACCCCGAGCCAUUUCUCCUAACGCCGAUUCUGAACCUACCUCCUUCAUUUGGAACUGCAUACGUUGGCGAGACUUUUAGUUGUACAUUAUGCGCCAACCAUGACAUACCGCCGAAUCCAACCGAAAUAGAGCCAGGCAUACCUACAACAUCAGGCAGCAACCCCCUACAGCAGGUCAAGAAGAAGUUUAUCCGCGACGUGCGCAUCGAGGCAGAGAUGAAAACGCCCAGCGUGACUACACCACAGAGAAUAGUCUUGCAGCCAACGGACUCGUCAGCUACGGACAAAGAAGGCGACAACGAGAGACAAGGCAGUGGUACAGAUCUGGAAUCCGGCCAAUCACUACAAAAGAUUGUUAACUACGAUCUUCAUGAGGAAGGAAAUCAUGUGUUGGUAGUCACGGUCAGCUACUACGAGGCAACUGAGACAAGUGGACGCGUUCGUACAUUCCGCAAGCUAUAUCAAUUUAUCUGCAAGGGGUCAUUGAUAGUGCGGACGAAAGUCGGGCCACUCCCGCCUCCGCUGGUUUCUAGUGGCUCUGAGCGCCUUGGCCGACGUUGGGUCAUGGAGGCCCAGCUUGAGAAUUGCAGUGAGGAUCUCAUGCAGCUACAGAGCGUACGGCUACAACUUGAGCCGGGACUUCGGUAUCAGGACUGUAACUGGGAGGUCAGCGGCGGGGGUAAGCCUGUGCUGCACCCUGGCGAGGUCGAACAGUGCUGUUUCGUUGUCGAGGAAGAACAACGGGAUGCAGUCACGGAGGAUCGUGAUAAGAGAAUCAUCUUCGGUGUUCUAGAUAUAGGCUGGCGAAAUGAAAUGGGUAGCAAGGGCUUCCUGUCUACGGGCAAGCUUGGAACACGCGUCGCUGCUCGAUAG